AGUAUGGUUAUAUUUUCGUUCGCACCUGACAUAUAUCGAAGAUUGUUUAUGAAACCUCCGUGCUUGUGUUAUUUGAGAAUUACAUUUUCGAAAAGAUACACGUAAAUGUUACAAUGGCUAAGUAUUCGAUACCUUGGUAUAUUCUCGCCAUGGGAUUACUGAGUUUGGUAACUAAAACACAUCUAACAACUCAAGACAACGGCCAUGGAUACAUCACUAGCAGCGAAAGGUAUUUUGAUGACUUCUCCUUCAUACAGAGGGAAAUAUCAUCAGGUUUACGAUCUGAUUAUGUUGGGGAUAACUUGAAGUUUCAAAUAAAAUUCGAUCCAGCCACUCUGGAUUUUAGGCAGAGGCCACUGGGGGUGCCCCAUAUUAAAAAAGUUCAUUUGUUCAAUUAUGAUACAAAUAAAAGUAUUGACAUGACGUCUAUAUCUGGAAGUACAGUACAUUUUCACAGCUCAUUUUUCCAUGACAAGAAAAUUCCUCCGAUGGGAAAUACAAGCUUUGAUGUUGUAUUCCUUGGUAGAGAAGAAGGUUACAUAGAGAGUUGUUUAUUUAUCCACACUACAAGUGGCCACUUCAAGUACAAUGUGAAAGGAGUGAGCAUUUACAGCCCAUACUUUCUACGUCCGAUAGUAGAUAUUAAGUUGCCUGUGAAUGCAACGUUUGGACCUUUGAUUUAUUUACAUAAUCCGCAUUCUGAACCACUUCAGAUUUUGGAGGUUUAUACUAGUGGGGGCGAUUUUCAUUUGGAGCUUCCAUCGGGGGACCGAGAAGGCCCAAAAAACAUCUGGGAACUUGCACCAUUUGAAACAAAAGCCGUGAUUAGGGUUAAAUUUACAGCUAAAACGGAACAGAACCACACUGCUUACGUAAGGAUUAAAUUGAACAUAACGGAGGAGAUACUUGUUGUCCCCCUCGAAGUGGAAGUCGGGCCUAGAGGAGGGAUAUUUUCGCCACAGGGUUAUGUUGAUUUUGGUAUUGGUGGAACGAUGGAUGAACCUAGAACCAUCAAGUUGUGCCUGUAUAAUCCUUUCACAAAACCAGUGAGGAUACAGAGCAUAACGGUAAAAUCCAAGGCCAUUGAUGUCAAUUAUGCUCCGUCAGUUGUCAUUCCUACAGGGAAGGCCAAAGGUGGCUGUGCAAAUAUUGCUAACCUCACUCUUGAUUGGAAAAAAGCGUUCAAGCUGCAAGAGUUCACUGGUAAAAUUGUGGUUAAAUACAGGAACGGAAAGAGCACCGCUGAAAUUCCUUAUUAUCUAACAGCCAUCGAAGGGGGUCUGGUGUUCGAUAGCCAAUCCACCAAGUACUUCACCAACGACAAAUCAAAAAAUUCACUGCGACACUUCAAAAUAAAAAACGAGUUCAAAUCUUCGAUCAAAAUCUUGAAUCUCACACUGGGGGAGGAGGUCAAGAAGUACUUCAAGAUACACAACUUCAAGACCCUCACUUUGAAGUCGCAAGAAGAAGCGGUAAUAUUCUCUUCGGACCUCAGACCGGGUAUCAAGCUCGAGAAUUUACAAGUGAAUUCCUAUAUUCAACUUGUGUCCAACAUCUCCACGGUCAAUAUACCAUUUUUAACUUACGGAGGAACCCUCAAAUUGUAUUUACCAUUCAAGAGUAAAGACUAUUCCCUCGAUGUGGGUCUUAUAAGUUUUAACACAAAGAAAGAGGUUAAUUUCCUGGUCCUCAAUGACAAUCCAGUGAAUAUACAAGUGAGGGCGAUAAAAACCUCCAUUCCUUUGACGAGUACCACAAUCAUUGGAUGCGGUAAAGAGAAUCCCAAAACUGCACUCUUUCAGAGUUCUUUCGAAAAUCUUCAUGUUUGUAACACCCUCAAACCCAACGAGUACGCCAUCUUGAAAUUGGUGGUGCAGACGGCCAACAACGAGGGACACGUCUGGGGGGAGAUCCAGAUCGAGACGGAUUACGAGAAUCUGUCAAUUCCAGUUCAGUUCAAGGUGGCAGCUGGAAAGUUGGAAAUCGGUCCUGAUCGUUUGGUCUUCGACCAGUGCUUUCCGGGAAAAAUCUGUUCUCAUCCACUGAAAGUGUAUUCCACUUUCAACGAACCUAUGGUAAUAAAGGAUAUAAUAAGCCUACCGCCUGACCCCCGUCUGCAUGGUAGACACAACGGUCAUAUUUUACCGCAUACCACAAAAAUUGUUGGUCAUCUAUAUCUGAACCCCAAUAUCGGUUGUGGCAAUGAAUGUUACACUGGAUUACAUCAGGACUUAUAUAAUCAGUGGCUGAAAACUCUGAUGUUGCCGAAAUCAGUCGUCAACUUCGACCUGAAUCUCUUCAACACCUUCUAUAACAGAUUUCUGAACAUAACCUCGAAUGGUAUGAGGAGAUGGCAGAAUCUUACCCUGCGUCUGGACACCUCGGAAGUGAGAAGUCACAUUUUCAAGACGAGAGUCCAGAUGAGCUGGCCCACCCUGAUUCACGGCGGUUCGGAUAAUAAAUCCGUAAUUUCAUUUCCUCUCACUCAAAUUGGAAACGUGGCGUAUAGAAACAUAACCAUAAAAAAUCCGUCGAGUAACACGUUGAUGAUACAGAUACUUCUGGACAGGGUCUAUCCAAACAUCGAACUUCUGUACGAGGGAUUGCCAUCGGCGAGUCUUCCCCAAUAUUUUCCUUCUUCGAAUUCCGACAACUUCUUCUUCGUGAAGAACGGCCUCACGCCCAAAAACUUCUUGGAUAAGAUGGGGAUCAAGGUGCACCCUUCGACGAUACCGUUGAUAUUGAAACCGGGCGAAAAUUACACGCUCUCGAUCGGAUUCCUCGGCGAUAAAGUGGGGGAGUUCUCCACGCUGCUUUUCCUCAGGAACAACCUGACCGUGAUGGAAGUGUUGAGACUUAAAGGGAGGAGCACGGAGCCCAUUUUCAGGUUCGGAAACAGGAGGCCAGGGGCCUCGCAGCCCCUACUUUUCGAAUUCACGGAAAAGUAUGCCAAAGAGUGCGAGAGAGACAAGCACUUCAGGUAUCAGAACCCGAACAUAGCGAUAAAAAGAUCGUUUACGGCGAGGAACACCGGGGAAAUUCCCAUGAUCAUCCAAAACUUUUACAUAAAUGACGCGGUUUGCGAAGGAUAUGGUUUUAAGGUUUUAAACUGCAUGCCGUUUUUUCUGCUCGCGAACGGAACCAAAAAGAUCGAUAUAGAAUUCACGCCGGAUUUCACCCUAGCGAAAGUCGUUCGCUCUUUGAUCAUAGAUUCGGACUGCAACAGUUACAUGAAUUACACCCUGCAAGCCACCAUUCCAUCCUAUUAUAUAUCGCUGUGUUCCAACAUGAUACCAAGGCCAAGUUGGGAGUGGUACGUGGGUUAUUUCACGGCCGUCUUGAUGUCCUUGACCUCGAUCUGCAUAUUGUUCAUAGCCGUCUUCGACGCCGAGAAAAUCAAGAAACAAAUGAUUGAUAUAAUCAUUGCUAGCGGACCGACCGUUCAACCCGUUUUAGAUUUGAGGUUGGUCGGUCAACAGGUAAGGGAGGAAGUGAAGAAUACAAAGGCGGAGACGACGAACGACGUCGCUAAACCCGAAACGAAACAAUCCGGCAAAGCGGAACCGUCAAAGUCGAAAAGUGAAACGGAACACAGUCCGGCUCUGAUACCGGCGAUUCCGAAAAUAAAGAAAAAAUUGGGUAAGAGGAACAGUAACGAUUGUUCGGAAUUCGUAGAAGCUCCCAAAAAAGUUGUGGAGAGUAUUAAACAAAAGACAAGUAUCGUCGUAGAUAAGAAAGAUAAAGAGGAGGAAAAAAAAUCUAGUCAUAAUAAGGAAAAUAAGAAAAUUAGCUCUAAGAAGACAAAUAAACCGCCAGCUGAAGAAGAAACUUUAUCUUCAACAACAGAAUCUAGUUGUAAUGCUGAUGAUAUUCAGGAAGCAAGAGAUACCAACCAGAAAUGUUCAAAUAAGUUGAGUUCGAAAAAGACAAAUAAACCCGAAACCGCAUGUAAUAAAACACCGUCAGAGGAGAAUUUUAGAGAGCAAGCACCACCGCAAAGUAGAACGGAAAAAAAGAAAUCUGUUAAAAAUCCACUUAAAUCUAAAGAACACAUUGAUAAUAGCAAAAACCAAACGGGCAACGGCAGAAAUGAAAGUAAAAAGAAAUGGGGAAAAGAAUUCAGAGAAAAAAAUACACCGUCUAAAAAAACGAUAGAGAAACCUAACACAAAAACUACGGAGCAUCAAAACGCUCAUCCUUGUGUGACAAUCCCGACGACUAGGGUAUGGACUGACAACCGCGCUACGUUCAGUGAUGUUGUCGCUAGAAGUGAGGGUUUGUCCAACAGUCGGCUUGGAAAUAUGACCAACUCGCCAUCUUUGUAUGUCGACACGCAUAAUCAAACCACGACACAGUUGGGUCCUAUCGGUUCCAGGCCUGUCGACUAUUGGUCGAAUGGGGGCGGCACACACCACCACUCUUCGCAGGAACAUCAAAACGAGACGAUAAACAGCUUUUUCUCUAUGGGUCCCAACCAUGAAUCUCAGAAUAUUCCAUUGAAUUUCUCCAAUAGCGUUCCAACUAGUACUUGGAGGAACCCCUUGGAGAAUCAAAAUCACCAGUAUGACUUAUUGAGGGGGAAUAACACAAACGCAAUGUCUUCUGUACAAGAUUACGUUCCUUCGUGGUCUCAGAAUCGCUUUUCGCACUCAAAUACGUUUUGGGACAACAGCUCAAGUUUCUUAGGUGGGGUUCCAACAAUUAGCCAUCCCAGUCCAUUGUCCGCGCCUUCUCCAGUACAAAACAACAGACAAAAUGAUUAUUUAUCAAAUUCGUCCACGCUCUGGCAACAAUGGACGCCAUUCAAUUUACCCACAAGGACUCCUCCAGGUUUUCAAAAUAUACAUCAAAAUACUGGGGGGCCUAAUAACGAAAAUUCAGUAACUACGACAGAGAGUUACAACCCUUUCUCGAGUAAUAUGUGGACAAACAGUAACAUAUGGAGAUAUUCUGAGGAUUCCUAAAUCUCCAGUUGCCAUUAAUUUCAAUGGGCCAUUUGCACUUAUCUUAAGUAAAAAGUUGGCUUAUUUUCAAGACUGUUAAAAUACUCAUUUGUUGUGACCCUCAUCACAACUCUACUAGAAGUGUGAACAUGUUCUACUUUCCUAUUAUAUUGUUUUAUUUCUUCUCAAAAUGAAUUUAAAAGUGUUCAAAAGAA